CCUACAAAAUGAGUACUGCUUUAAUUAUUUUACCAGUGCUGUAACGUCGAAAUCUGGGUCUACAGGAGAAACACGGGGGUUAAAAUUACAAACAUUCGUCGUCGGAGGUUUAUUUUCUCUGCAGCCUGUGCUCCAGUCUGUCCUUUCCCGGUCUAACAUCAGCUUCUCGGUCUGGGUCCUGGGUCGUUCUCUUGUUAAGUUGCUUCGAGGAGACGGAGACUGAAGUGACAUUUAGCUACGUUAACGUUAAUUCAUUCACCCAAAACAACAAUGGCAUCGCAGGAUUUUAAUUUCUUGCUUGCGACUGAUUCCUACAAGAUCACACACUACAAACAGUAUCCUCCCAACAUCAGCAAAAUCUACUCCUACUUUGAGUGCAGACGCAAGAAAGGUUCCCAGUUUAAUGAAGUGGUGUUCUUCGGUCUUCAGUAUCUGCUGAAGAAGUACCUCACAGGCCCUGUGGUCACAGAGGAGAAGAUUCAGGAAGCCAAGCUCUUCUACCAGAUGCACUUCAGACAAGCUGUGUUCGAUGAAGAAGGCUGGAGGAAAGUCCUGGAGAAACAUGAUGGCCGUCUUCCUAUCCGGAUCAAAGCUGUUCCUGAGGGCAGGAUUAUACCGAGAGGCAACGUGCUCUUCACUGUGGAAAACACAGAUCCCAACUUCUACUGGCUCACCAACUACAUUGAGACCAUGCUGGUCCAGAUGUGGUAUCCCAUCACGGUAGCCACAGUAUCCAGGGAAUUCAAGAAGAUCCUGGCCAAGCACCUGAAGGCCACCUCAGGAAGCCUGGAAGGCCUGGACCUGAAACUGCAUGACUUUGGCUACAGAGGAGUCUCCUCACAGGAGUCUGCAGCGUUAGGUGGAGCAGCUCACCUGGUUAAUUUCUGCAGCACAGACACAGUAGCUGGGCUUCUGAUGGCUCAGAGAUAUUAUGGCUGUCCUAUGGCUGGCUUCUCCAUUCCAGCAGCAGAGCACAGUACGAUCAUCUCCUGGGGGAGGAGUAGGGAGAAGGAGGCUUUUGAGCGAGUCCUGGACCAGUUCUCCUCAGGACCGGUCUCAGUGGUCAGUGACAGCUACGACAUCUUUAACGCCUGCAAACACAUCUGGGGAGACAAACUGAAGGAGCGAGUCAUGGAGCGCAGCCAAGACUCCUGUCUGGUCAUCCGGCCGGACUCUGGAGAUCCUGCAGAGACUCUUAUUGAGGUCAUCAAGAUUUUAGAGGAGUGCUUUGGCUGUUCUCUGAACUCUGUUGGAUACAAGGUGCUGCCUUCUUACCUGAGAAUCAUUCAAGGAGAUGGUAUUGACCUCAGCUCAGUGGAUGAGAUUCUUCAAAAGCUGAGCGAUGAAGGCUGGAGUGCUGAGAAUGUCUUCUUUGGAUGUGGCAGCGCUCUGCUUCAGAAACUCAACAGAGAUACACUCAGCUGUGCCUUCAAGUGCAGUUAUGUGGAGACUAAUGGCAAGGGGAUGGACGUGUACAAGCAGCCAGUGACCGACCCAUCCAAGGGGUCAAAGAGAGGUCGAUUAUCACUGAGGAGAAACUCUGAUGGCUUCUUAGAGACAAUAGAGAGAGGAGCAGGCAAGCCUGAGGAGGACCUGCUGGUGACUGUUUUCGAGAACGGCAGCCUGGUGCAGGACUACUCCCUGGAGGAGAUCAGGAAGAACGCCCGGCUGCGGGACGAGGAGCUGAAUCCCACCAUACACAACCAUGAACAGGAGCUGCUGCACAAUCAUAUCAUCAACGGGAUUCACUAGAUCAUCCACAAAGUCUCUCACCGUGCAUACAGUACUCCAGUGUUUAACAGGGUACACUGGAAUGCAGACUGCAGUGUUUUAGAAAGGUGUCCUUUUAAGUAUAAACUGAACAUGUUGAAGAGGAGUGAAAAGCUGUUUCUCAUAGCAGUCACCACCAAGCACUACCACCAUCCCCACCCCCACCCCCACCCCUGCCACUUCAUCCUGAGAAGCCCAAUGAUAACAGGUGCAUUUGCUUCUUUCACUUUCUCUUCUGGCCAAACUCUCAGCCAGCACACUGUACACCCCUUUGUGGGCAGACAGUUACUCUGCCGUGGCAUGGCCAUGACCAGAACUGAAGCUCAGGGUCAAAUCCAAUAAGCUAAGUUAGUUUUUAUUCUUUCAUGUUUUGAUUUAAAGAUACACUUCCUACAUGUUGUGGUUGUUAUCAAACACUACGACUACGAAUCAGAGAGCAUGACUCUUAAGAUAUCUUCAUUGCUGAGAUGCAAUGUCUCAGCAUUUUCAGGCCAAAAAUGACCUAAACUUCCAAAUAUUCCAAGCUUCCAUUAGAU